AGUCAAGGUCUUUGGCAAGUCGAUGUAAGGCUUUGCACGUGAAUGUACCUGUGAACACACAUCCAGAUGAUUCUGAUGCAGGGAGGCAGGACUAUCAGAUAUUGGAUUCGUGUGUAUCAGGCGAAACUCACCGGAACAUUUCAAUGCUUUAAUGCUGAGGACAAAAUAACUGGUCUCCAUGUGAAGCUCUCCCAUGAUGCAACAUGUGCCCCCAGCACCAGCACUGACAAUGAUGGCCACACAGAGCGUCCCUCCACCAUCCUAUCAAGAGAGCCAACAGAUGACAGGCACUGCACAUCAGAACUCCAAGGCCCAGCAGGUCCACAUCUCAGCAUCUUCAGGCGCCGGGGCCGCCCCGCUCAGCGUGACCCUUGACCCGCAGGCCCAGCUGGAGUCAGACAAAAGGGCUGUUUACAGGCACCCACUGUUCCCACUGUUGGCUUUGCUGUUUGAGAAGUGCGAACAGGCUACACAGGGCUCAGAGUGCAUCACCUCAGCCAGCUUCGAUGUCGACAUUGAGAACUUUGUGCAUCAGCAGGAGCAAGAGCGCAAGCCUUUCUUCAGCGAGGACCCUGAACUUGAUAAUCUGAUGGUGAAGGCGAUCCAGGUGCUACGGAUCCACCUGCUGGAGCUGGAGAAGGUGAACGAGCUCUGUAAAGACUUCUGCAACCGCUACAUCACUUGCCUCAAGACUAAGAUGCACAGCGACAAUCUGUUACGCAAUGACUUGGGUGGCCCAUAUUCACCAUCACACACCAGCUUGCAGCAGGAUAUGAUGCAGACUUCCUCUUCCUCACUGUCAUCUGUGUCAAGCUCGGUUAACUCUUCAGGCAUUGCAGCCUGCUCAUUGCCUCAGAGCAAUGUCAACAUGACCAGCAUCAACUCACAGGUGGUGUCAGGUGGGGCCCUGUAUCAGCCAGUUGCUAUGGUGACUUCUCAAGGGCAGGUGUUAACUCAGACUCUACAGCAGGGGACCAUCCAGCUCCAGAACACACAGGUGAACCUGGACCUCGCCUCACUCUUGGACAGUGAUGAUAAGAAGUCGAAGAACAAGAGGGGAGUCCUUCCCAAACAUGCCACAAAUAUCAUGCGCUCCUGGCUCUUCCAGCAUCUCAUGCACCCUUAUCCUACAGAAGAUGAGAAAAGACAGAUUGCCGCACAAACCAACCUCACCUUAUUACAAGUAAACAACUGGUUUAUUAAUGCACGCAGGCGUAUUCUACAGCCCAUGCUGGAUGCCAGUAACCCUGAUCCUACUCCUAAAACCAAGAAGAUGAAGUCUCAGCACAGACCAACACAGCGUUUCUGGCCUGACUCCAUCGUGGCUGGUGUGCUGCAGACACAUGGCUCUCAUUCUGCUAACAAUUCAGACAGUUCCCUGGGUAUAGACAGCCUGCAGCCUCUCUCCUCUGACUCGGCCACUCUGGCUAUGCAACAGGCCAUGUUGGCGGGAGCCGAGGACUCCAUGGACGGCACAGAUGAUGAAGAAGAGGAAGAGGAGGAUGAGGAAGGAAUGGAGGAUGAGGAUGAAGAUGAAGAGGAUGAAAGGCACCUGUCCGUCAGGAGAGAUCUGCGCCUUGACCACAGCGAGGGACUGGAGUAGAGACAGAUGCAGGAAAUGACAUCACUGACCUGACAUGUUUUAAACCAUGCCCCAGAGGUUUCCAUUGGACACUUAAGUGCUUUGGAACUUUGAAUUAGACAAGGGAGAUUUGCAAAAUAAUGAGCUGUGAAUAAAUUACAAUAAUUACUGAAUUUAUUUGUACAAUUUAGGAAAAUUAAUGAAUGCACACACAUUGACCAUACAUUUAAAUGUUAUAUACUGGGAGAAUAAAUAGAAGCUUUAGUUAUAUUAACAAAAUCCUCUGUGUAAUGUUAAUGUUCAUGAAUCCAUAGCUUAUUUUGUCCCACUCAUCUCUUUCGCUUUUGGGUGAAACUCACAGCAUGAUAUUUUUUACACAUCAUUAACAGGGAACGUUAUCAUCCAUUUUUCCAGGUGGCUUUCUGGGCAUGAGUUUUCAAAUUGUAAUACUUUGCUAGCAUCAGUAUUCAAUACUGAGUUUUAAAAUAAUAAAAGAAAAGAAAGAAAAACAAACAAAAAAAUCAUUGUUAAAGACUCGACAACACAAAGCACACACCUUCAACUACGAUGCAUUUGCGCAGUUGCUUGAUAUUUAUGUUUUAGGUUUUCGAUCAACGAUGUUGCACUUGGGAGGAUUCUCAUUUGCCUGGAUGAUACAAUUCUGAAUGGCACUGAAGGCCAACUGCCUGGAACUUGCAGCCGACAAACUUUUCUCCUCAUGACAAAGAAAAUAUGGAGAGAGACAACAUGGCACAUUAAGCAUUUCAUUUAUGGAGGAAAAUAAACCAGUGGGUCCUUCCUGCCCUCAGACGUCUUUGUGAUGUUUACUCGAGAAAUACUGCAGGAAGGAAGUCAAUUUUACAGAGAAUUUCAGCUGCUGGAAGCCCUCUGCGAAUUUUUCUGUGAAGGACAGAAACUGUAAAGAUAUUCCUGAACGGUUUUGGUUUAAAUCAGUCUCCAGAAUAAAGCAGCUGUUUCCGAUGUGAUGUUUAGAGAUGAGAGAAGCUGUUAUUGAAUGUUAUUGGAGUCGGUCUUGUGAAGUACGUUUCUCAUUUUCUUUUUCUUGGUUGUUUUUAAAUGGUUCUUCCAGAGCAAGUAAUGAUAGGGGAAAUUUUUAUUUUGUUUGUACACAUUGUUGUCAUGAUCUAUUGUGUUUCAAUAGACCAUUUUUGAUAAUUAAAAGAGAUAAUUUUAGUGGAUGCGGUGUAGCGUUGCCUUCUUGUGUAACUUACUGUUUAUUGAUUUCUGGGUUAGGAAUGGAAAGGAUUCAUUACAUCCAGAGUGAAUAUCCAAGCCGAAUAACCUGCUCAUUAUUGCUUAUUUACUGUAU